UACUGGGCUUUUGGUCUUCCCGAAUCUCCUACCUCCUGCUUCAUCGUCUUCAGCGGUGUUCAGCUUUGCACUUCAGGAAGCACCGAGGGAUAUCUGACGCAGAAGAUUUGUUUCGCCUGUCAGCUUCAAACGUCUGCUGUCGACUACCAGACUGAGCAGUUGUUGGUGCUUAACGAAUUUCUUCCUUAGACUUCCGUAACUCCCGACUCACUUAAACUCGUCCGCCGGCGUAUUCGUAUAGACCGAAUCUGGUAACCAACUUUCAAGAAUGGCGCCGAAGGUGACUGAGAUGAUUAACCGAAGGAGAACCGCAUGCGACUGGCCAUGAUGAAGCCCUCGCCGCCCCGAGUGAAAAUACCAAUGGCUCCUCAGGUCGACAAGCAGCCGUCCAGCUCAAGGAUGCCGCGGCAGAUCUCCAACUCGAAGGCUGCUGUCACCACCGCUGGCGGUUUAGCGCACGCGUGUCCGCAUCCGUCAGCUUCCGCUACCCUGAGGCCAGCGAAGACAGCAUCGGCGUCAACAUCAGCGUCAGCAUCAGCAUCAGCAUCAGCAUCAGCGUCAGCGUCAGCAUCAGCGUCAGCAUCAGCGUCAGCAUCAGCAUCAGUAUCGGCGCCAGCAUCAGCAUCAGCGGCGGCGCCUGCCUCGGUUAACGGGAGUGGCGAGGCGAAGAAGUGGACGUUUGAUGACUUCGAGAUCGGGAGGCCGCUGGGAAGCGGCAAGUUUGGGAAGGUGUACCUCCUGGCGAGGGAGAGGCAGAGCGAGUACGUCGUGGCGCUGAAGGUGCUGUCGAAGCGGCAGCUGCUGCAGUCACGGGUGGAGCACCAGGUGGUGCGCGAGGUGGAGAUCCAGAGCAACCUGCGCCACCCCAACAUCCUGCGCCUCUAUAACUACUUCUACGACGAGAAGCGCGUGUAUCUGAUUCUCGAGUUCGCGCCUGGCGGUGAGCUGUACCGCGAGCUGCUGAGGUCGCACCACUUCUCGGAGAAACGCGCCGCCACGUACAUCCUGUCGCUAGCGGAGGCGCUCAUCUACUGCCACAGCAAGAACCUCAUCUACUGCCACAGCAAGAACAUCAUCCAUCGCGACAUCAAGCCCGAGAACCUGCUGCUUGGCCUCGAUGGCGAGGUGAAGAUCGCGGAUUUCGGAUGGUCCGUGCACGCUCCUAGCUCGCGCCGACGAACUCUGUGCGGGACGCUCGACUACCUUCCCCCGGAAAUGGUCGAGGGUGUAUCGCACGAUCGCAUGGUGGACGUGUGGACUCUCGGCGUGCUCACCUACGAGUUCCUCUAUGGUAACCCGCCGUUCGAGACGCCCAACCAGCGCCUGACGUGCGACCGAAUCUCCAAGGUGGAUCUGCAAUUCCCCGAAAAUAUCGAGGUGUCGGGUGAGGGGAAGGACCUGAUCCGGCGGCUGCUGGUGAAGGACCCGUCGGCGCGAUUGGAGCUGAGAGACGUGCUGGUGCACCCGUGGAUUCAGAAGUACACACAACGAAAGCCCCGGGAGCAGGGGCUGGGGACCAUUGUGCAGUAGAGAGGUUGGUAUGAUGGCGAUGGAUGGUGGAUGACGGUGUUGGGAGGAGGGUGUUGCGAUCACAGCCAUUCAUCGGACUAACGAGAAAGCACGAUUACACGGCAUUUUCCCCUCUCCUGUACUGGGAAUUGGUGGACGCAUUUUGGUGGAGUUGAUACUAGUACAGUAGAGUGGACGAUGCCUACUAAUUAUUAGGGCUGAUGUAGGGAUAACAUAUAGUGUAGCUACACUACACUAUAAUUAUUUCCGAGAGCCUUUAUUUGUCUGGAUUAGGACGACUUCUAUUUAUAAUAUGUGUGUAUUUACACCGAUUAUAUUUU